AUGGUGGGAGAGUUACAGACCAAUCCACUAAAACCCAUUUUUCUGUUGGACAUUGUUAAAACAAAGAUUACUGGCAGGGGAGGGAGCGGCCCACAGGCUGAGGACGUUCCCUUCUACGAGAAGAUGACCGGCUCACCCGUGGGCUCACGGAAAGAUCCCGAGGAACCCACGCCGACGUCGGAAGUCCCCGAAGAGCAGCCUGACGGCUUGUACCCUGACAUGUCCGCUAGAGGGGAGGAACGCCCAACCGACGACAGUUCCCACCCGGCUCAGCCUGGUGCAGGGAUGCACCCAAAUCCACAGGACAUUCCUCCAGGUUACCCAAUUCCAGGGCAGCAAAAUCCGGGAUCUGGGAUACCACCAGGUUAUGCUAAUCCAGGGCAACAAAAUCCAGCAUCUGGAUUACCUGAAAUCCCACCAGGCUAUGCCAACCCAGGACAAAAUCCGGGAUCUGGAUUACCUGGGAUCCCACCAGGCUACGCUAAUCCGGGGCAACAAAAUCCGGGAUCUGGACUACCACAGAUUCCACCCGGAUACAACAUCCCUGGACAGCAGAACCCAGGGUCCGGGAUCCCACAGAUCCCACCCGGCUACUCCAUCCCCGGUCACAACGCCGGAUUUCCCGGGAUGCCGCCGGGCGCGGUGAUGCCGGGAAUCCCGCCGGGCGCGCCGCUGCCGGCCAAGUGGAGCGUGGAGAUCUACCCCAACCCACAGCUCCAGUGGGUGCAAUGCGGCAGGCCGCAGGCCUCCUGGCUGUGCGAUCCCAACAGUAUCCUGACCGAGUCGGAUGCUGAUUUUUUGUCGGAGCUCCUUGGGAACGUGUCGACCAGUACCGGUACACCGUGCGUGCCGCAGCACCGUACAGAGAGGGACGUCAGAAAGCGUACCGUCAACAAGUCCUCCGAAUUCCCCGGCUACACUAUUGCUGUGGCCCUGGUUCCUGACAUUGUCAAGAUGUUUGGGGAGCGAGACAGGGACGCCAUCCGGCGGUUCAGUCAGGUACUGCUGCACCUGUGGGACCCGGGCGAGUGUGACGGGGGAGUCGUCCUCGUCUACUGUCAAUCAUCCCAGAGGGUGUACGCAGCUCGUGGCGAGGCCGCGGAGCUCAAACUGACCAAUCAGGACGUCUGGGAGGUUCACCGCGACAACCGAGACGCCCUGGAGAACAACCGGACCAUGGAGGCCCUCACCAACAUCAUCCUCGGGUACCAGCGCAUCCUCCAGGGCACCCCCGGCACCGAGGUGGACAUGGAGGUCGUCUACUCCUCUCUGACCAUCGUGCUGUUUCUGGGAGCAGCCUCGGCAUGCCUGGUCUGGUUCCUGUACAUUGGGAGGGACAGGAAGUAUCGGUUUACGGCGGAGAGGGACGCGCUGGGGAAAAGGGGGUGUAAGGACAGGCUGAAGCGCGUGUGCAGCAAGGGGGAGGGCGGUCGCAGCGGGAGCCGCGCGGACGGAGCUGGGGAGGAGGAAAUUAUGAUGGAGACGGUGUACAGUGUGUGACUGUGUCGCACGCUCGGUUUGUAAAUGGUGUGUGUUGCAGUAUAACGCACUUCAUGUUAAUCUCCAAGCAGAUAUUCGUGGGCUAUCAGAUCUUGGGGGCCAGUCGGAAAUACUCUCCUGUGCAUAGCCUCAUCUAAGGCCUAUACAACAUACCUUGGAAUGGCUCUGAUAAAUCGGGCCAAUGAUCAUAUAUUAUAACGGGUUUUCCCUCCGAACAUCUGCUUGUAGAUUGCAUCAUUUGUGGAGCAUUGUACUGGCAUACCUGACAUGAGAAGAAACAUGUUGCAGGGCAACAUUUGAAUAGUGCAUAAUAAGGUGUGUUCAAGUGUCAAAUGGGGGUGUUCAUGUAACUAGUGUGCACCGUGGACUACUGACUCUCCAUCAUAAUAUCCUCUACAAAGUGUUGCUUUAACCAAUGUUAACUGGCUAACAGUAAUCAUAUACUGGACUGAACUGUACAAAGUUUGUUUUUAUUGCAGAAAUUUGACAGGAAGGAAGAUAUUACUGUCUAUACAUUUAUGGCCAUGUUCAUUUGUUGUAUUGUAUACUCAGGAAAAGUUCAGAUCUUUCCCUAAAAGUAGUUUCUAGUAGAAUUACAAUGUCUACAAUGUACUUUUGCUUUUGAGCAAAGUUGUGUUAUCUAUUUAUUUACACUUUUAUUUUCAAUGUAUUUUGUUUUAAUGGUUUGACCACAACAUAAUAAUAUAUAAGUGUGUGUUUGUAACCAAGUUUGCCACAUCAAACUAUAACAAAAUAUAGACCACGGCCAGUAAAACUACUGUAACAUCAAACCGAGACAUUAUGUUCGAGCCUAAUUAAAUUGAGGUAUUUAACAAGCUACAUGUAACGUUACAUUUAUACGGAGUGAAAUUCUAUUACAUUUAAUAUCAUGUUUUGUGAUUGAUAUGUUUAAGUGCUAAUUAUACUUCAGGCCACACUGAUUUGUUUCCUUUGAUCUCAGGCAUUUUCAAAUGAAGAUUGAUGAGAAAAAGGUCUACAUGAAAACAGAAAGAAAAUACAUUUGACAAAAUUUGUGCUCCCAUAGGAAGGCCUGGUAGAGGCUAGAACUUCCCCUUUGAGUGAAAGUUUGACUCUUUUUCCAUGUAAGUAUCCCAAUUUAGCACCACAAAAUAUGAGAACCAAGAAAUUACACAAGAGUGGCCUAAGUAUAUGUUUAAAGGAGAAAACUUAGUUGGACAAGGGUGACCUAAGCAUAUGUUUGGAAGAAAAAACAAUACUUUGUUUUGUUGCUGAAGUAUACCUCAGUAGUGUUUAUCAUGUCCACCAGAUUUCCUGUAUACUAGAGACUACUUCCAACAUUGGUCACAAACAUUGUGACAACGGUAUCAGAUUUGUUGGUGUAAGGACAUUAUAUAUUAUAUAUGACGUUCAUGGUUGAUGUCAUAAAUUGCUAAAUUGAAAAUUGUAUAAGUCUAUAUUGGAUUUCUGUGCCAAGUGAAUUAUCAAACAAUAACUCUACGGAUUGUACACAGAGCUGUAAUGAUGUAAUGUCAUUUUGUCACUUGCACAAGUUUAUUCUUAAGAUAAUGUUAUAUUGUUGCUUUGUGUGAAGAGGUGGUAUUUUAUUCCAGUAUUUAAUGUAUUAAGAAGUAUAACAACAUCUAAUGCAACUGCAAUGCAAACUUAUAUAGUUGACUAAGAUGUUGCAUAUGUUUAACUAGCAAGCAUAAUAAUAAAGCACUUUCAUCACUA